AUCAUGUCGGUGUGUACUUUGGCUAGCAGCUAGCUGUCAAAUUGCUACACUCAAUGACAACACGGACGGAACCACACGCGUGGACACCUUUAAAAAGUGCCUUCUGGUUCUAGUGGGUUCUUGUGGACCUUUUUCGGCGUGUGGUCACGUUUGUAAAGUCAAGUGUUGGCGGAGCCCCAAAGUGCUGACUGAGCUCGAAGGUGCCACGUAGCUAGCCGGCUAAGGGGCUGCUUCAAUCACUUCUGUUGAGACUAGCACCCUGCUGCCAUGACGAGGACGUGUAAGAACUGUGGCAGCACCGACAUCGAUGUGGACCAUGCACGCGGUAACGCCGUCUGCAUGGCCUGCGGCUCCGUGCUGGAGGACAGCAUCAUUGUUUCCGAGGUGGAGUUUGUGGAGUCGGGGGGCGGAGGAUCGCUGGCUGUGGGACAAUUUGUGUCCUCAGAAGGCGGAGCAAAGCUUCCAUCUUUUGGAGAUGGUCACCUGGCCAGUGCCGGCAAGGAGUCACGAGCCCAGACGCUGCAGAGAGCCAAGCAACACAUCACCACGCUGGGGCACCAGCUGCAGCUCAACCAGCACUGUCUUGACACCGCCUUCAACUUCUACAAGAUGGCGCUCGCCAAGCACUUGACGAGCGGGCGCAGGUCUGCGCACGUCAUGGCCGCCUGCAUCUACCUGGUUUGUCGCACCGAGGGGACGCCGCACAUGCUUUUGGACCUCAGUGACGUCUUACAGGUCAACGUGUACACUUUAGGCAGAACCUUCCUGGCCCUGUCCAAAGAACUGUGCAUCAAGGCUCCAGCUAUAGACCCGUGCCUUUAUAUCCCACGCUUCGCCCAGCUGCUGGAAUUUGGCGAGAAGAACCACGACGUGUCCAUGACAGCGCUAAGGCUGGUUCAGAGGAUGAAGAGGGACUGGAUGCACACCGGACGAAGGCCUUCUGGACUCUGUGGCGCAGCGCUUCUAGUGGCCGCUCGCAUGCACGAGUUUCGCCGUACCACCAAAGAAAUCGUGGAAGUAGUGAAAGUGUGUGAAAACACACUCAAAAAAAGACUGGCCGAGUUUGAAGACACACCCACCAGUCUGCUGACCAUCGAGGAGUUCAAUAAGGUGGACCUGGACCAGGAGUGUGACCCGCCAUGCUACACUGCAGGGAUUAGGAAGAAGAAGGUCCAGCAGCUGGAAGUGGAGCUAAGGAAGAAGAUGGAUGAUAUUGAAGGUGAGAUUGAAGGCUACCAGGACGAGAUUGACACGAAGCUGGAGAGCAGCCGCCCCAAACUGAGAGGAGUUUACGCUGCUUACGCCAAAGAAGACAUGGAGAACGACCUGGAUGAUGUCAUCUCAUCCGCCAGCAAGAUGGCGGAAAGCAAGGUGGAUGAUGACGUGGAGGAAGAGGAUGUACUCCAGGCGGUGGCCAAGCAUUUUGGUAAGGAGCUGGCCGAGCUGACCGUGGAGUCGCUCAUCAAGUUGGAGCAGGGUGAGGCCGCUGAGGCGGAAGAGGAGGAGGACGCUCUCAGGAGGAAAGGCCCGUCUCUGGCGUCCAUCUUGGGGACCAGCAUGCCCACGGCGGCGACGCUGGGCCUGGGCAAGUCCAUCGACAGCUGUGUCCGAGGAGCGGAAGACAAUGGCGACUCGGUUGGAGGCGGCGAGCUGGACCUUAGCGGGAUUGAUGACAGCGAGAUCGAGCUGUACCUGCUGAGCGACCAGGAGAUCCAAGUCAAGACGGCGCUGUGGAUGGCCGAAAACUCUGACUACCUGAGAGAGCAGAAAGAGAAACGAGCCAAGAUAGCCUUGGAGAAGGAGCAAGGCAUCUACAAGGAGAAGAAGCCCCGAGCCAAGCCCAAGAGGCACGCGCCCAUCAGUGCCAACACGGCCGACGAGGCCAUCGGGAAGAUGCUGGAGCAGAAGAAAAUCUCGUCCAAGAUCAACUACGAUGUGCUGAAGGACCUCAACGUCAAGCCUCACGCCGCCAGCCCCGCACGAAGGACUGAGUCCCCCAGAGGACCGAGCGCCGCCAAGCUGAGCGGACGCAACCAGAGGCCGGGCCGGGCGCCGCUCAGCUUAAGCACGCCGCUCAGCUCCCUGGGAAAAAGGUUACAGCCGUUUGUCACAGGCCAGCCCAGCAAGAAGAUGGCGAUGCAACAGGCUUCCAGCCCCGCCCCCCUGCCAGUGCCGGCCACCGCCCCCCCCUCCGUGCUGGUGGAGAGCGGCCCGGUGGUGUACGAGGACGGCGCGGCGGAGGACGAGGAGGAUGAGGAGGAAGAGGAGACCUGCGUCAGCGCCAUGGAGCUGAUGGGCAGUCAAGAUUAUGGCUGCGACGACUACGACGACGCCUUCUAGCGAUGACUUCUUUCCCGUUGGGGUCCACUUUGCACAUAUUCGAUGUCCACAAACAUGGCGGACCCCGAGAGACGCUGGGGACACGAGAAGACCGUCGGGUGGCGUCACGGAAACAAGGGAAACAUGACAUCGAUAUGAGCGCCAAAACAACAAACGGGGAGAUCUGACAUGGUAAAUAAACCAAACGCUUCAAGUGGCUCAGCUGAAACAGGAAGUAACAUGCUUCCAUGCCGCCAUCGUUGCAAGUAAAAAGAGUAAACAGUUUGAUAUCCUGCCAUUCCAUGCUGGCUCACAAAUUAGAGCACAAAAAUGUCUUUCUUUUCAGUUAAAAGUGAAAAUGUCAUUGGAAGAAAAUGGCCGCCGUAGCGUGUUCACGCCAAAAGGUUAGCUAACGUUAGCUUACGUAUAAGCAGGAAGAUGGUGAUCCAUGUGUAGAACAGCGUGGGAAGUCAGCCGCUCCGUGUGACUGACAUACGAUACGCUAGCGGCUCUAAAGAAGCGUUCCACGACCGCCAAGGUUCCAUUCUUCGAUAAUUCAUACAGAGGCGCUCAUUAUUUUGAUUUAUUUUUCUAGCAUGUUGGGGAGCUUUUUCUUUCAUCAUCUGAAAAUGGUAUCUUUGUUUCUUGUGAAUUAUUUGUCUCUGGACUAACUUCAAGCAAACAGAUGUUUUUUUUUUAUAUUGUAUUUAUUUGGGCUUUUAUCAUUUUUGUGCUGGAAAGAGGACACUGGAGAUGUGGCAGUGAGGUCACAUGACAUUCAUCUACUGUAUGUAUGCCGGUGUCAGUUAAUAUAUGAAUAAUGAACACUUGUCUGCUCAUUUUUCUUUGU